AUGAGCGUCUCCAAGAAGCUGUUCACCACCGCCGUCCGCGGAAAGUCGUGGUGGUCACACGUCGAGAUGGGCCCACCGGAUGCGAUUCUUGGAGUCACCGAGGCAUUCAAGGCGGACUCGAACCCAAAAAAGAUUAAUCUUGGAGUCGGAGCCUACCGCGACGAUCAGGGCAAGCCAUUCAUCCUCCCGUCGGUCAAGGAAUCUGAGCGUCAGGUGAUUGCCGCCAAUCUCGAUAAGGAAUACGCUGGCAUCGUCGGUGAGUAAAAAGUUGAUCGCGCUGAACUCUCGGUUCAAUGUUUGUCUUGCAGGACUGCCGGAGUUUACCAAGCUUGCUGCGAAGCUCGCUCUCGGAGAAAACUCGGAGGUCAUUAACAACAAGCGAAUCUUCACCACCCAGAGUAUCUCCGGAACUGGUGCUUUGAGAAUCGGAUCGGAGUUCCUCGGCAAGUACGCCAAGUCGAAGGUCAUCUAUCAGCCAACCCCGACCUGGGGAAACCACGUGCCAGUCUUCAAGUUUGCCGGAGUCGACGUCAAGCAGUACCGCUACUACGACAAGGCUACCUGCGGAUUCGAUGAGGCCGGAGCUCUCGCCGACAUUGCUCAGAUCCCAGAAGGAUCCACCAUUCUUCUUCACGCAUGCGCUCACAACCCAACUGGAGUCGAUCCAUCCCGUGAGCAAUGGAAGAAGAUCUCCGACAUCGUCAAGAAGCGCAACCUCUUCGUUUUCUUCGACAUGGCCUACCAGGGAUUCGCCUCCGGAGACGUCGACAACGAUGCUUUCGCCGUCCGCUACUUCCUCGAGCAGGGACACAACAUCGUGCUCGCCCAGUCGUUUGCCAAGAACAUGGGACUUUACGGUAGGAAUUCCAGAAUUAUUCUACAAAAUUGAUGAUUUUGCCUGCAGGUGAACGUGUCGGAGCCUUCUCCGUCGUCACUUCGGAUGCCGAUGAGGCUGCUCGUGUUGCUUCUCAGGUCAAGAUCCUCAUCCGUCCGCUCUACUCGAACCCGCCAGUCCACGGAGCUCGCAUCGCUUCGCGCAUCCUCUCGGACCCGGCUCUCAACAAGCAGUGGCUCGCCGACGUGAAGCUGAUGGCCGAUAGAAUCAUCACGAUGAGAACCACGCUGAAGAGUUUGCUCGCCAAGGAGGGAUCCACGCGUAACUGGGAGCACAUCACCAACCAAAUUGGAAUGUUCUGCUUUACUGGAAUCAACCAGCAACAGGUUGAGAAGCUCAUCAAGGAGCACUCGGUGUACCUGACCAAGGACGGACGUAUCUCGGUCGCCGGAAUCUCGUCGAACAACGUCGCUUACCUUGCCCACGCUCUCCACCAAGUCACCAAGUAA